AUGGUGACAACUUCAAGCGUAAGUGAAGAAGACAAUAACCUUUAUGAAAUAGCUGGAUUAUUAAUAGUCUCAGUCUUUUUGUUUACGUUGUUGUGUCACAUUAUUGUAAGACUUGUUCCAUGGCUUCACAUAUUUUCUGAAUCUAUUGUAUCAUUAUUUAUUGGUAUUGCAAUAGGAUUAAUUUUGUUGGCAUUACAUUACGUUGGAAUUGAUUAUUUAUUGAAUGGAAGUGAUUUUGCUCGAAUCUUUCAAACUAUAUUUCUUCCGUUGAUUAUUUUUAAUGCUGGUUUUACAAUGAAGAAACGUAAUUUCUUUAAGAACAUUAUUCCUAUUUUAUCAUAUGCUAUAGGAGGAUGUGUUUUAUCAUCAUUAAUUAUAGGAUUUGGUAUUUAUGGGUAUACGUUUAUUGAUACAAAAGUAAUUGGUUUAGGUUCACACAAUUUAACUAUGUCUGAGUCUUUACAAUUCGGGACAUUACUUGGUGCAACUGAUCCAGUUGCAACACUUGCGCUAUUUCUUGAAUUAAAUGUUGAUCCUUAUUUAUAUUCAUUAGUAUUUGGAGAAUCUGUUUUGAACGAUGCUGUUUCUAUUGUAUUAUUCCAUACAUUAGAUCAAUCUUUAGAAUCAUUUGGGUGGUUAGAUUUAUUGAAAAUUGUAGGUGAAUUUCUUUUCAUUUCCUUUGGGUCAUGUGUGAUAGGUCUUUUUGUUUCUUAUUUCUCAGCAUUUGUAAUGAAUAAAAUGAAAGUAAUGCAUUUUUCAGGAACGUUCAAUUUAUUGUUAAUUCUAUGUGUAGCUUUUCUUGGUUAUUUCGUAUCAGAAUUAUUAGAAAUGUCAGGUAUUUUAACUAUUUUUGUAACAGGGGCUGUAAUGUCUCAUCAUCACUGGUAUUCAGUUCCAGAGAAUCAACGACCAGUGUUGUAUGUCUCUGUUGGUACUUUAGCUUUUGUAGGAGAGACAUUAACAUUUAUAUCAGUAGGAAUUACUAUGUUUAAUCCAUCUAAUUUAACAGCUGAUUAUUGGAAUCCAUUAUUUAUUCCAUAUGUUCUACUUCUUUGCUUUGUUUCACGAGCAUUCAAUGUAUUUCCUAUUUCUUUAUUAAUGAAUUUUAGACCAAAAGCCCCAAAAAUUACUUGGAGACUUCAAAUUAUGUUAUGGUAUGCUGGACUUAGAGGAGCAAUUGCUGUUAUUUUAGCAUUACAAAUGAAUAAUCCUAAUGUUAUUAACACAACAUAUUCUAUUGUUCUUUUUACUAAUAUAGUAAUUGGAAUGACUACUCCAGGUUUAUUAAAAUUAAUGAAAAUUGAAAUGGGUGGUAGUGAACCAUUAAAUGUUCGUCAGAUAGAAUCAAAUGAAACAGUUGAUAUAAAUGAAGCUUCAAGUAAUAAGAAGAAAGCAAUGAGAAAGAUGUUCGUAAUGUUAGACGAAUUGUUUUUGAAGAAGUAUUUCGGAGGUCAACCAAGAAAAGAGAAAGAUUUGGCACAAAUUGAUCCAUUUCUUGUUAAUGAAGAACUUGAAACUGAUAGAGAAAAAGUUGAUAGGAAAUUUAGAGAGCAACAUGUUGUUCAAAAAGAACAAGAGAAAUUACAAGGAGAUGAAGAAAAUUAUGAACGUGAGACUACACCAUUAAUUCAUGAAGAAAUGAAAGACCAUAAUAUAGAUGAACAUCCUAUAGGUACAGUUGAUUAA